GUUGUGUGUUUUAUUUAUUUGAUUGUAAACAAAUCUGCUUUUCACCAUGCCUGGGUUAAUGAGUGUUGCAGAAUUUGUUGGCGAAGUACGAGAAGAUUAUAGUUCUCCUACGACUUCAUCUUUCGUUAGCAAAAUAGCUUUGUGUCGUCAAACUGUUACUGCACUGGAGGAGACACUUGAUUUUGACCGAGAUGGUUUAACGAAAAUGAAGAAAGCUGUUAAAGCCAUUUACAGCAGUGGAAAUUCUCAUGUUGACAAUGAAAAGUAUUUAUCCAAGACUUUAGAUAGGCUUGGGGAGAAUGCUGUAACUAAGGACCAAGAACCUGAUAUAGGUGCUGCAUUUAUCAAAUUUUCUAUAGUAACAAAAGAAUUAUCUGCAUUAAUGCAAACACUAAUGCAAAAUUUAAAUAAUAUAAUAAUGUUUCCUUUAGACAAUAUAUUGAAAGGUGAUUUAAAGGGUGUUAAAGGGGAUCUGAAGAGGCCAUUUGAAAAAGCAUGGAAAGAUUAUGAAACAAAAAUAACGAAAAUUGAGAAGGAGAAGAAACAACAGGCAAAAGAAGCAGGUUUUAUUCGAACAGAAAUAUCUCCUGCUGAGAUUGCUGAAGAAAUGGAAAAGGAACGAAAAAUUUUUCAGCUGCAGAUGUGUGAAUAUCUAAUCAAAGUAAAUGAAAUCAAGACUAAAAAAGGUGCCGAAUUGUUGCAACAUCUUGUGGAGUAUUACCAUGCUCAAAACAAUUAUUUUCAAGAUGGCUUGAAAACGAUUGAACAUUUUAGUGGUUACAUCAAGGAACUAGCUACCAAACUACAAAAAAUCAAACAAAAACAAGACGAAGAAAGAAAAAAGCUUGUAGAUCUUAGGAAUACUUUGAGAAAUUCUCCUUCUCUUGAUUCUCGUGAGAGCUUAGUGUUAUAUCCCUCUGGAUAUACACCACACCAACCAUCAGGAAAUGAAAAUUUCGGCUACACAAAAAUAGGAAAUUUGUUGAAGAAAUCAGAUGGAAAAGUGCGUAAAGUUUGGCAGAAGCGGAAAUGUGAAAUAAGAGAUGGUUUUCUUUACAUAUCGCACUCAGACGAAACGAAACCCCCCACGAAAUUAAACCUGCUCACAAGUCAAGUUAAGGUUGUUCAAGAGGAGAAACGAUGUUUUGAUCUCAUAUCAUAUAACAGAACGUAUCAUUUUCAAGCAGAAGAUGAAAAUGAAAUGGAAGUGUGGAUGUCAGUGUUAGUAAAUUGUAAAGAAGGAGCUCUCAGAAAAGCUUUUGAUGACUCAGGGCAGACUGGUGUUACAAAAUUAAAUCAAAGCUUAUUAGAGCUUCAACAGGGUAUAAUCCGACAAGUACAAAGGUCGCCUGGCAAUGAUCGUUGUUGCGACUGUAAUUCUACUAAAGAUCCUACGUGGUUAUCUACAAACUUUGGUAUUUUAAUGUGUAUAGAAUGUUCUGGUAUACAUAGGGAUUUAGGGGUUCAUAUUUCACGUAUUCAAUCUUUGACAUUAGAUAACAUAGGAACAUCUCAACUUUUGCUUGCACGGGUAAUGAGCAAUGCUGGUUUUAAUGAUAUAGUAGAGGCUACUUUAAGUCAAGCAAGGAAACCCACGCCACAAAGCUCAAUGGAGGAACGAUAUGAGUUUAUUAGAGGUAAAUAUGUAGAUAGAAAAUUUGCUAUUAGGACAUGCUCUGAUGAAAAUGAUUUAAUGAAUGACUUAGAAAAUGCAGUUACUUCAAGACAUUUAUAUCAGCUACUCCAGGCAUUUGUUGAAGGCGUUGAUUUAACUUGCAUUUUGCCAAAUAGUGCUUCUGGUGAAACAUCCUUGCACCUCGCAGUUUCACAAGAAGAUGGUUCCUCCUUACAUAUUGUAGAUUUUCUUGUACAAAAUAGUCCAAGCUUAGAUAAACAAACCAAAGAUGGGAGUACAGCCCUUCAUAUUUGUGCUCUAAGAAAUCAAGCAGAGUGCAUGAAAUUGCUUCUGCGAAGUGGUGCUAAUCCUCAAAUUGAAAACAGGGAAGGAAAGACUCCAUUAGAUAUUGCCAAAGAAAAAGACUUCCUUACUUGUGCUGAGCUGCUAGAGCAUGCAAUGCAGAACAAAAAGACCUUGUUUGAAAAUGUAAAUAUUGAUUGGGGUUUGUCGCAAGAAGAUGGCUCAACAGAUUUCAGUGAUGAAGAUGCAGAUGAGAAAGGAGGCCAAGUAACUCCUGAACAUGUAAAUCGUUCUCGGCCGUCCAGUGUUGUUGGGAAUGAAUCUUUAACGAGCAGGUCCAGUUCUGUAAGCGAAACUGUGAAGCAAAGUCCACUUGUUACACCACGCACAAUGCCCCCACCACCUCCUCCACAAAACAAAAAACCAUUUACACCAGGUGCCAAACAAGUGCAGCCAAAAUCUUCUGAAUAUCCUAUGCUCAAAAGUCUGGAAAAAGCCAUUGUUUCUAACACAGGGUCACUUCAAAGACCAAAAUGUCCUCCACCACCUACGCCUCCAGUUGCUUUAAAUGAAACUGUAGAGACUUUGAGCAAUGGACAGUCAUCAGACAGCUUACCUCAGUCAUGUGACUCAAACAGUAGUCAAAGCCAAACACCUGUACCUCCUCCAAGAAAAAGGCAUGACACGAUAAAACAAAGACGCUGCCGUGCACUGUACGAUUGCGAUGCCGAUAGAGAAGAUGAACUCUCUUUCAAAGAAGGCGAAGUGAUUAUCAUCAUUAGUGAAAUAACUGAUGACGAUGACUGGAUGGAGGGCAGUAUUGAGGGACAACCGGAAAGACGGGGCGUCUUUCCGUCUAGCUUCGUGCACGUUCUGAAAGAGUGA